GAAUAUGGCGCAGCUGCGACGUCAACUGUUAUUACAUGAGAAGCUGCCGUAGUCACGGCUAUUGUCAGGCAUCAGGCUAACGGGCUAAGGAUAACGCAUUGCCAUCUUUCACCAAAGCUGCGUUUAGAUAGAGCGGAUUUGUGCGAGCUUUAAUCCGCCUUUAGGUUACGAGAGAAAGGGUUAAUGACCAGCGUGAGAUAUGAAUAAAUAACCAUUCCGGUGGUGGUGGCGAUGCUGCCGCGCUGAGCGGAGGGGGGUGGGGGGAGCGCUUCCCGUACGCAGAGAUUAGGAUACAGAAAACACCGAUCUGACCGCUUGUGAACGUCGAAAGACCGCAAAAAGGCAUCCACAGGGCUACAGAAAAAAAUGCAUUAAAACUGAAUGAUCAAGCGAACCUCAUUUUGUUUUAUAUGACAGACCAUAUUUUAAGUUUCGCGUUAUUCAUUCGUCAUGACGUAUAGACUAGCUCAAUAUAUAUCGGCUGCAAUGAUCUGAGAGAUGAAUUGAACUUUCACUGAUAUUUUUCCAUGAAAACGAAUAAAUUGUGUUUGAAUUCUUGGGGAUUUUACCAAGAUAAUGUGGAUACCGACAGAGGAAGAAAAAUUUGGAGUUGUCAUCUCCAGUUUCCGUGGCGCCCUGUCCCAGGGGCUGGUGCUGGAGAUCGGGGAGACGGUGCAGAUUCUGGAGAAGAGUGAAGGCUGGUACAGAGGGUUUUCCACCAAGCGGCCUGCAAUUAAGGGCAUCUUCCCUGCGAGCUAUGUGUUCCUGAAAAAGGCAGUCAUUACCAACAGGGGGCAGUACGAGACGGCUGUGCCCCUGGAGGACCCCAUCAUCACUGAGGUCACCUGCACGCUGCAGGAAUGGGCCAUCCUGUGGAAGCAGCUCUAUGUGAAGCACAAGGUGGACCUCUUCUACAAGCUGCGUCAUGUGAUGAACGAGCUGAUCGACCUGCGGAGACAGAUGCUGUCGGCCCACCUGAUGCAGGAUCAGCUCCGCGAGGUCAAACGCCACAUCACUGUGCGCCUGGACUGGGGCAACGAGCACCUGGGCCUGGACCUCGUCCCCAGGAAGGAGUACGUGAUGGUGGACCCGGAUCAGUUCAGCAUCUCAGACCUGUACAGGAUGCACCUGUCCAGUCGGCACAGCGUCCAGCAGAGCAUGGCUCAGGGCGACAGCGGAAAGAAGGGCCAUGGCGACGCGAGCCGUGUUUUGGUGCCGCACCACCUGUUUGUCAGCCUGAAGAGUUUCACCUACAACACCAUCGGCGAGGACACCGACAUCUUGCUCUGCCUGUACGACAACAGGGAGGCCAAGCCCAUCAGUGAGAAGUUCCUGGUGAGGCUGAACAAAAACGGCGCCCCGAAGAAUCCAGAGAGGGUCGACCGACUGUGCGCUCUCUUCACGGAUUUGAGCAAUAAGGACUUGCGGAGGGAUCUCUACAUUGUGGCCCAUGUGGUGCGGACAGGCCGCAUGCUGCUGAACGACUCUAAGAAGGGCCCGGCCCACGUGCAGUACCGCCGGCCGUACGGCUGCGGAGUUCUGGGUCUGAGCGACGCACUGCAGUCCCUCUCUGAGCUCAAAGAGGAGAAGGACUUCGUGCUCAAAGUGUACAGCUGUAAUAAUGAAAAUGACUGGCACCAGAUUCACGAGAACAUCAUCCGCAAGUCCAGCACCAAAUACACCACCCCGAGCAGCAGCUAUGGGCUGAUUGUGUCCUUGCAGCUUUUGCGGGGGGAGAUGGAUCAGGUUCGGAGGGAGAUUCCCGCCAUCUUUAACCGCGGUGUCGCCAUCACCCGCAAACUGGGCUUCCCUGACGUCAUCAUGCCAGGUGACACACGGAAUGACCUGUAUCUGACCCUGGAGAGAGGGGAGUUUGAGAGGGGUGGUAAGAGUGUUCAGAAGAACAUUGAAGUCACUGUGUACCUGCUGUACGCCGAUGGAGAGACGCUCAGAGACUGCAUCAGUCUGGGCAGUGGGGAGCCCAGUCUCAGUGAGCACCGGUCCUUCGUGCUCUACCACAAUAACAGCCCCCGCUGGAGCGAGACGCUCAGACUGUCCGUCCCCAUCGAGCGCUUCCGCGGCUCCCACCUGCGCUUCGAGUUCCGCCACUGCUCCACCAAAGAUAAGGGGGAGAAGAAGCUGUUUGGAUUUUCCUUCACCCCUCUGAUGCGUGAGGAUGGAACCACCCUGUCAGACCAGAGUCACGAGCUCUAUGUGUACAAGUGUGAUGAGAACACCACCUUCAGUAACCACGCCUUGUACCUGGGCCUUCCGUGCUGCAAGGAGGACAUCAGCAGCUGCUCCAGCAUCCCGGCCAGCCUCACCUUCCAGCGCAGUGCCAAGGAAAUGCUGUGGGUCUCCACCCAGCUGUCCUCCACCAAGCUCACUCAGAACGUGGACCUGCUGGCCCUGUUGAAGUGGAAAGCCACUGGAAGAGUGGAUGAAUCCUGGUUUUUGCAGGACAUUCUGGACACCCUGUUUACCAUUCUGGAUGACAACACUGACAAGUAUGGUCCUCUGGUCUUUCAGUCUUUGGUGUUCAUCAUUAACCUGCUCCGGGACAGCAGGUAUUGUCACUUCCGUCCCGUCAUGGACACCUACAUCCAGAAGCACUUUGCUGGGGCUCUAGCAUACAGGGAGCUGAUUCGCUGUCUGAAGUGGUACAUGGACCGCUCAGCUGAGGUGGUCCGACAGGAUCACAUUCAGGAGGCCCUGAAGGCGCUGGUGUACCUGGUCAAGUUCAUCGUGCAGUCGCGGCUGCUGUACUCGCGGGCCACCUGUGGGCUGGAGGAGGACCAGUUCCGCUCCAGCAUGCAGGAGCUCUUCCAGUCCGUGCGCUUCGUCCUCAGCCUGGACAGCCGCAGCUCAGAGACCCUGGGGUUCACACAGGCCCCCGGGGGCCCCCCCGCAGCCGAGCAGCCCAGUGGCACUACGAGCUGCACUCAGCCUGUGAGCUCCAGCGCUCCACGGCCCUCCCCUCUCUCAGCGGCGCUGCUGAACUCUUUCCCGGCGAUCUUUGACGAGCUGCUGCAGAUGUUCACGGUGCAGGAGGUGGCGGAGUUCGUGCGGGGCACGCUGGGGAGCAUGCCCAGCACGGUGCACAUGGGCCAGUCGCUGGACGUGGUGAAGCUGCAGUCCAUCGGCCGUACGGUCGACAGCCGGCUCUUCUCCUUCCCAGAGUCGCGGCGGAUUCUCCUCCCCGUCGUCCUGCAUCACAUUCACCUGCACCUGCGGCAGCAGAAGGAGCUGCUGGUCUGCUCUGGGAUCCUACACAGCAUCUUCUCCCUGAUCAAGAGCAGCUCUGAGGAGGUCUCCGUGCAGGAGGAGGUGGAGAUGAUGAUGGAGAGCCUACUGGACGUGCUGCUGCAGACCCUCCUGUCAAUCAUGAGCCGGUCCCAGGCCCAGGAGGCGGGGCGGAGCCAGCGCUGCCCGCAGUGCACUGCUGAGAUCACCGGCGAGUACGUGUCCUGCCUCCUGUCUCUGCUGCGCCAGAUGACCGACGUUCACUUCCAGCACCUGCUGAACACCUUCCAGAGCACCGAGGAGCUGAAGGACUUCCUGUUGAAGAUCUUCUGUGUGUUCCGUAACCUGAUGAAGCCCAACAUCUUCCCCAGAGACUGGAAUGUGAUGCGGCUCCUCACCAGCCACAUCAUCGUGACCACGACCCAGCAGCUGUCCCCUGCUCUGCACAAGAACUUCACAGAGACCGACUUUGACUUUAAGGUGUGGAAUUCCUUCUUUAGUCUGGCUGUGCUCUACAUCAACCAGCCCUGCCUACAGCUAGAGGGCCUCACCCCAGUGAAGAGAAACAAAGUGCUGGACAGGUAUGGGGACAUGAGGGUGUUGAUGGCCUACGAGCUCUACAGCAUGUGGCAGAACCUCGGGGAGAACAAGAUGCACUUCAUCCCUGGAAUGAUCGGGCCGUUCCUGGGGGUGACGCUGGUGCCGCAGGGUGAGGUUCGAGACAUCAUGAUCCCCAUCUUCCAUGACAUGAUGGACUGGGAACAGGGCAAGAAUGGAAACUUCAAACAGGUGGAGGCGGAGCUUAUCGAUAAGCUGGACAGCCUGGUGUCAGAGGGGAAAGGAGACGAGAGCUACCGCGAGCUGUUCGGCCUGCUGACCCAGCUCUUUGGACCCUAUCCCAGCCUGUUGGAGAAGAUUGAGCAGGAGACAUGGAGGGAGACGGGCGUGUCCUUCGUCACCUCCGUCACACGGCUCAUGGAGCGGCUGCUGGACUACAGGGAUUCUUUGAAAGGAGAUGAGAUAGAAAGCAAGAAAAUCGGCUGCACUGUGAAUUUGCUGGUGAGCCCUCUUCCUUCCUCCUUGCUUCCUCAUCAUCCUCGUUUUCUUCUCUCUCUGUCCUGCUCAUUGUGUGAGAGGGAUAAAAUGGAGGCUACGUACUACGACAACAUUGUGCAGCAGCAGAGACUCGAACCCGAGUUUUUCAGGGUUGGAUUUUAUGGCAGGAAGUUCCCGUUUUUUCUCAGGAACAAGGAGUUUGUGUGUCGGGGACAUGACUACGAGAGGCUCGAAGACUUCCAGCAAAGGAUGCUGGGAGAAUUCCCACAAGCCAUUGCCAUGCAGCACGCCAACCAACCCGAUGACACUAUUUUACAGUGCGAUUCCCAGUACCUGCAGAUCUAUGCGGUGACUCCUGUUCCAGAGCUCGCUGAAGUUCUGAACGUGGACCGGGUGCCGGACCGGAUCAAGAGCUUCUACAGGGUGAACAACAUCCGCCGCUUCCGCUACGAUCGGCCCUUCCACAAGGGCCCCAAGGACCGGGACAACGAGUUCAAGAGUCUGUGGAUUGAGAGGACCACGCUGAUCCUCUCUCACCCGCUGCCUGGAAUUUCCCGCUGGUUCGAGGUGGAGAGAAGAGAGCUGGUGGAGGUGAGUCCUCUGCAGAACGCCGUGUCGGUGGUGGAGAAGAAGAACCAGGAGCUGCGGUCUCUGAUCAGCCAGUACGACAGCCGGCAGCUCCACGGCAACAUCAACCUGCUCAGCAUGUGUCUGAACGGAGUGAUCGAUGCGGCCGUCAACGGGGGCGUGGCCAGAUACCAGGAGGCGUUCUUCGAUAAGCAGUACAUCAGCAGCCAUCCUGAGGACACAGAGAAGAUCGCUCAGCUCCGGGACCUCAUGCAGGAGCAGGUCCAUGUUCUUGGAAUCGGACUGGCUGUUCAUGAGAAACUGGUGCACCCAGAAAUGCGUCCCCUGCACAAGAAGCUGAUAGAUCAGUUCCAGAUGAUGCGGAGCAGUCUGUACCACGGGCUUCCAGGCCUGGAUAAGCUCAGUCCAGUGUGCUCCGGAGCCAGUACUCCCCGCGGCAUGCACUCCUCACACAACCCAAUGAGCCCAGAGAGCAUCAAACUACUGCACCGCCACAGUCCCUUGAAUCUGCAGGGUUCUGUGCAUCACUCCUCUUCCUCCCUCUCCUCCUCCAGCGAGGCGGGUAACCUGCUCAUCCUGACGGACAACCUGGGGGCGGAGCACCCCGAGGAUCUGUACCGCAUUCAGCCAAGCCCCUCCUCUUCCAGCCUGAGCUCCGCCCACUCCACCCCAUCUCAGCUGAUGAGCUCCGCCCCCUCCAGUGGCAGAGGUUCCCCGUCCUUACCUGACCGGUAUAAACAUACCCGGGAGAUGCUCAUGGUCCUGCCCCCUCACCGAGAUCGACCAAUCGGUGGCACAUACUCCUCCGUGAUGGAGAAUGGACAGCCGGGGGGGUACCAGCGCCCUUUCCCUCAGCAGGCCGUCAGCCCCUGCAAGCCCUGUGGAGACCCCGCCCAGGGAGACAGAGUUGUCUCCUCAGUUCCCAGCAGCUGGUCAAUGACUCUGGAUGGUGGGGGGGUCCGAGAGCCCCUCCCCCUCCUGCAGACCCACGGAGCCCCCCCUGUGCCCCCCCGCAGCCUGCCUCCAGGGCCCUUCCUGAUGCACUACGAUGGUUUCCAAGGCAACGACUUCCCUCCUGCCCUCCCCGUUCGCUCCUUACGCAAGUCCCCCCUGCACCCCGUUCUUGCCUCGCCCACCAGCUCGCAGUCGGGAUUGGAUGGGAGUAACUCCACCCUCUCCGGCAGCGGCAGCAGUGGGGUCUCGUCCCUGAGCGAGAGCCACUUCGCCCCGCCCCCCGACACCCUGGACUCCGCCCCCACCCCGCCCUGGGCCGCCGACAAGGAGGCGGAGUCAGCCUACCUGCACGUGCGCUACGGCGUGUGCGAAUCAGACGGCCUGGAGCCCGGGCGAGCCCCGCCCUGCCGCAGCCACCCCGCCCCCCCAGAGGGGCACCACCACCACCACCACGCCCCCUACUACUACCACGCCCCGCCCCCCUCCGUGCCCCCGAAGCCACACCCGCGGGAGGGGUGCGUGCCGGAGGAGUGCGGGCGCCCCGCCCCCCGCUCCGUGCACAUCCCCCGCAAAAUCUCCCAGCAGCCCCUGCUCGGCUGCAAGGGAGACCCCGCCCGGGUGGCCUGGGAGCACACCAUCAGUGAGGAGUAGUGAUCGCUAUGGUAACGCAGGCUCCACUCUUCCUAUUGGCCAGUAGAGCCUCCUGCAGUCCUCCCAUUGGCCAGUAGGCCCUCCUACAGUCCUCCCAUCGGCCAGUAGGCCCUCCUGCAGUCCUCCCAUUGGCCAGUAGGCCCUCCUGCAGUCCUCCCAUCGGCCAGUAGGCCCUCCUGCAGUUCUCCCAUUGGCCAGUAGGGCCUUCUCCAGUCCUCUCAUUGGCCUUCUAUAAGCAUUCUGGCAAGAGAAAU